AUAGUUCCUGGACACCAGGGAGUGGAUUACGAGGAGUUUACAAAAAAGCAAUGUACAGAUGACAUCCGGUUGUUUGGCUUUGUCCGAUUCACCACCGGAGAUGCUAUGAGCAAACGGGUCAAAUUUGCCCUCAUCACAUGGAUCGGCGAGAACGUCAGCGGCCUCCAGAGAGCCAAAACAGGGACCGACAAGACUCUGGUGAAAGAAGUAGUACAGAAUUUUGCCAAAGAGUUUGUGAUCAGCGACCACAAGGAACUGGACGAAGAUUACAUCAAGGGGGAACUGAAGAAAGCCGGGGGUGCAAACUAUGACGCACAGGCAGAAUAAAGAAAACCCAUGGUGCCUCCUGAAGCCGCCUGCCUGGAUCGGGAAAAAAGGGAAGGAGGGAGGAAAAAGCACAAUUUAUCUUCAAAAAACUGGGGGAGGAUGACCAAGAGGAUGACCUUGCUGCUUCCUUUUGUGCGUCUUCUUCGGAGUCUGUUGCCGGCUCCCAAAGUGGACCUAGCUUUCUCAUUCCAUCCAGCGAAGCAUCUCUCUCUCUCGUCUCUGAUCUCUUGUUAUGACUUCUUUUCUUCUCCUUCUCCUUCUUUUAAAAAUUGCUUUCUCAUUUAACAAAUCCUACCUGGGUGCUUGUCUCCGAUCCGCAGCAUGUUGGCUAUGAGACGUAGAUGGUAGAGGAAGUGGCCAUCUCCUGUCCAAGUCCCGAUCUGACAUUUGGCACAUUGUACUUGCUUUGGAAAGUCUGCCAUUCUGGCUUAGGAAUGACAUUGGUACUAUCGGUAUUGCUAUUUUAGUGAAAGUGCGCCUUCUCCACCUUCCUCCAUUUGGCUAACCUGCAGAACUCUUCCAUGAGAAGCCAGGCAUGCAGAAUUGGUUAGAAUUAGAAUUGGUUAAAUUGGUUCAAUCGCAUUACUACUUAUUCAAAAGUAAAUCCAAAUGGGGAUGUGUCCGCAUUGCAAAAAUAAUGCAGAUUGACCCUACUUUAACUGCCAUGGCUCCAUGCUACGCAAUUCUGCAGUGUGUAGUUUUGUGAGAUAUUUUGCCUUCUCUGUCGGAGAGCUAUGGUUCCACAAAAAACUACAAAUCCCUGCAUUCCAUAGCCUUGAGUCAAAGUUGUGUCAAACUGCAUUAUUUCUGCAGUGCAGAUGAAGCCUCGAUUCAGGGAGACUUGCUCCACAAUCCUCUGCAUGCCUCCUCAAAAGUAAAUCUCUUUAAAAUCAGUGAUACUUACGCCCAAAUGAAAAUGCAUAUAAGAGUUCACUGGUAUUCCCAAAUAAAGGUACAUAACUUGGAGACCUUACAAUACAAUCCUAGGCAUAUUAGAACCAUCUCCCACUGCCUUCUCUUUCACAAUACACAAUUAUAGUGCUUUGGUAUCACUUUAACUGCCAUGGCUCCAUCUUAUGGAGUCCUUGGAUUUCUAGUUUGGUGAAGUGCUAGAGCUCUCUGAGUAAGAUUUGUAGAUCCGUAGUGGCACCAGAGCUUUCUGACAGAGAAGGCUAAAUGUCUCUCAAACCUACUAAUCCUAUCAUUCCAUAGCAUUGACCCAUGGCAGUUAAAGUGGUGUCGACCUGGAUUAUUUCUGCAGUGUGGACGCAGGUUAAGACACUAGGCUGCAAGGAUAUGCACAUAGGAAUGAGUGUAGGAUUAUAUUGUUAAACUGAUGGAUUUUUCAUAAUGUUUUGGCAAUAUUUUCCCGACAGCAUUAGGAUUGACUCAAGCCAGUGCCAGUGUUGUUUUUUUAAAGGGAUUAUACACUGAAAUACUGAGAUGUAUUAAUGUUGAAGAGGUGAAGAAACAGAGGCCAAGAUGCUGCACCAGAAGCAUAGCUAUGAUAUUGUAUGCUCCGUCUCCUGAUCUGAUCCCUUAGCACAGCAGUUCCCAAACCUUAAUCCUUGGGAUGUUUUGGACUUCAGUUCCCAGCAGUCUCAGGCAACUCAGUCAAUGGUCGGGGAUGCUGGGCACUGAAGUCCCAAACACUUGGAAGACCAGAGUUUGGGGACCACUGCAAACCAGUCAGCCAUCCUGAACACCAGAGUUAUACAGUGCUGGCAAGCAGGGGACUACAAGAUGACAUGAGCAGCUGCCAGUGGAAUAGAGUUGUAACAGUCCCUUUUUGUGCUUUUCUUAUCAUUGCUUACUGCAGGCAUGGGGCUGGCAAUGCCACCUUUCAAUGCUCCACUUGCCAGCAACACAAAACUCUGUCGCUUGAGACAGCUGACUGGCUUCAAAGGUGGAUUUCUGGGGCAUUUGCAGUUGCUGCAAUGGUGCCCCCAUUUGCAAAUGUGAAUGCAAAGCAGUUACCAGGUCAUACGUCUAGCUUGCAACAUUACAUAGUAGUUCCCAAGCUUUGGUCCUUCAUUUGUUUUGGACUUCAGCUCCUAGAAGUCUCAGCCAACUUGGCCAACAGGAACGAUGGAAGCUGAAGUCCAAAUCAUCUGGAGAGGAGCUGAGGUUGGGAACCACAGACUGCAGGAUGCCAUCCGUAAUCUUCAUUUUCAGCUUUUUUAAAGGAAUAUGGAUAGGAUAUGCCUUAACAGAAUUGUUUGGAUCCUGUGCCGUACGGUUUAUUUUCUGCCUCCCUCCUCUUCUCACUCCCUCGUUUUGAAAAGUGCUUUUCUUUCUAUUUUUAAAAGUUGCUACAACAGCAGUAAACCAGGGAGCGAGGAAGCAAGGGAUCCCGUCCUUUGAUUGUACUGUUUUGUACAUUUGUUGGCUUUUUCAAAAAAUAUAUCUAUCUCUGCGUUUGUGUUUUGGAUAUUGUCGCACAUGAGACGAUUGCUGCUGAGGUUCUCAGACAAAUACACAAUAGCGUUGGUUA